UUUUAAGAAGCGUUUCACAGAAACUGAUUCAGUCUUACAGUGUCUGUCACAAAUGUACACAGCUUUAACAAAGGAAGACUAUGAAGAUGACUGGAAAGAGACUAAAACUGUGUCUCAAAAAGACAAAGGAAAAUCGCCAACGCCUAUCUCACAUGUUAAAUUUGUGAUUGAGGACGUGUGUAGAAAAAUCAGCCGAAGUUCAGCGGACGCUGUUGGGGAGCGGUGCCGAAAACAUAUUGAUCAACUUAAAGAAACAAAUAAACAGCUGGAAGAAGAGAAAAUGACACUUCUGACAAGACUGUCUAAAUUUGCUGGAGCAAACCUUACAGACAACAAUCCGAAUAUUGCAGACCUCAGUGAUCCGAACAGGCCAACCAAAUUGGCCGAGGAAUACUCAGAGCUGUACGACAAUGAAUGGACAAAUGCUUAUGAAUGUCUACAAAAGUCAAAAAAGUCUGAAGAAGACAUACAAACUAUUCUUACUAAUAUCAUAAAGGAGGCAUAUUCUGUAUGUGGGUAUAUUGGAAAAAGACAAGAUACUGUUAUUAGAUCAGAACUUCUCUCUCCUGGCGACAGUUAUAGCAAUGAAACACUUGAUAAAGGAUCACAGACGAGAAAAAAAUCCGCCCGUCAAUCCGCUCCUGAAAAGUCGAAGGAUACAAAGGACAAAAGUAAAGGUGAAAGUCUGUCAGCAGUUCAGUCCAAAACAAUAUCGGAACUUAGGAAGCAAACCGUAACAUCUUCGGCUUCCAAUGUCAUUUCGUAUUUUAAAACACAUCCGCAGUUUAAAGAAUGGUUUGCGACGUCAUCACUUGAUAGCUACUCUGUUCGCUGCAUCAAAAUCUGCUGGUUAAUGAAUAUACAGAACCCACCAGUGUACAUGGAAAAAGAGGUCAAACCUGGGAGUGAGUUUGAUACGUCAAAGUACAAAUCAUAUACAAAAGCUGGAAAGAAAUUGGCUUUUGUUGUAUGGCCGGCACUAUUUCUCCAUGAAGGAGGGGCAAUACUGACAAAAGGGGUUGCCCAAGGAAAGUAAAGACAUGAUAUAAGCUUACGAAGUCUCUCAAAGCUAUCAGUAUUGGCUGAAGUGAAUUCCAAGUUUACGCUUCCCAUAAUCAUUAAUUUAUAUGAUCAUCGUCAUUUCAUGUUAUGUUUAAGAAAGUCUUAUUAGUCCUAUAUACUAGUAUGUUCCCGUCUUCGCCUUUUUACAUGUGACAUGAAUAUGCAUAGCAAAACUUGUUUGGUUAAAAUACACUGUCAAGUUUCAUUAACACGUUCGAUAUUUUACGAAAAGGUAGAGGUAUUGGACUCGCACUUGCGUCGGCGUCCACGUCGCCGCCGAUGUCCGAUUUGAUUAAGCUUUUGUUUGUAUGCUCGAAUCUCAGUAACCACUUGUAAACUGACUAAUACUGCAAAGGUUCAAUAACUCUAUUUUGCUUUUAAGAUCACCUGAGCACGAAGUGAUCGGGGUGAGUUGUUGUAAUCGCUCAACGUCCGGCGUUCGUACGUCCACACUUUCCUUUAAACAUCAUCUCCUCUAGACACCAUUUGGUGGAAGUUGAUAAAACUUGGCCUGGAUGUUCCUUGGGUAGUCUUUUUCCAAAGUUUUUCAGAUGGUUGCACAUAGUGGUUGGUAGUGCUAAAAUAGAAAAAUCAUUAAACGACAUCUCCUCCUAAACAGCUGGUCCGAUUUUGAAAUAAUUUCAUACAGAUGGUCCUUAUGAAAAACUCUUCCAAGAUUGUUCAAAUUAUUCUGAUUCGUCAAAGAACAGGACUGCCUGAGGGCAUGGUCACUUUUCCCUAUAUUUAUGUAAUGGAAGCUUUUAAAAUAUUUUUCCUUGCACAAAUAAUCUUCCAAAGCUGUUGAAGAAAGCGGUGUAUUUCAGGUUAGCGACAUAGGGCCAUCAUGGCCCUCCUGUUACAAAAUUAUGCCCCUAUGUCAAUUUACAAUAAGCUUGCAUCUCAGUACUCAAUAAUGGGAAUGUAUUGAAACUUCACAAACUUGUUCACUGUGAUGAUCUAACGUGUUAUUCACAAUUUUGAUAACUCUGUUGUUUUACAUUUACAAAUUAUGCCUCUAUUUCGACUUCCAUAUUCAUUCAGUUAACAAAGCUGUCGAAUACUCGAGCAUUGUUGUUAUCCUCCGACAACUUGUUGAUACUCUUUUUUGUAUACUGUGGUCUCGUGUCUUUUAUGUGGUUGAAUACUUUAUAUUUAAAAUGAUGUUUAAUUCAGUUUCAUUUAUAAACACUCAUGCAGUUUCUUAAGACAUGUCAGCGAGUCAGUUACAAUAGUUUUGUUUUUCAACUGGCAUUCAGACAGUUACUAUUCAUAUAUUAAGCAUGUUGUCAGGCAGUAACAGGAUCUACCUGCAUGACAAAUAAUGGAAUCUUUAUUUUAAUUUGUUUCAAAUAAGUAAUAUUUAUUAUAUAACAUUUAAUACUUUUGGUACAGAUGUACAGAUAUACAUCAUAUAUAUAUAUAUGACUACAAUAAUCACGGUGGCGAUACCCUGGGUAUGCAGGGGUGCAAAAUGGCGGCGGAAUCUCUCGAUUCAGGUAAUAUUUUUCAUUG